CAGCAGCAUUUCUUGAUGAUUUCCUAUACCGAAGGAUCCAAGUCAUCAGUGCUUUCCAAAAACGGUGUUUCAACAUAAAUUUUUGCACAUAAAGAUGGACAACUGGUUGAGGGAACGACUGUCGAAGUACCUAUGCUUUGAGGUACCAGACGAAAUGAUAAGUUACAUUCUAACCAUCCACGGAGCACAGCAAAUUGAUGAUUACUUCAAAACACUGCUCGAUUUCAAAAACCCGGAGCACGUGGGAUUUCUGAACGAGUUUAAACAACGAUUGAGAAAAAGCCCAUCGGACGGGCGAGGUGGAACCGGAAAAAAUCAGAGAUCCAACAACAGAGUACAACAGCCAAACAAAAAGACAGAUCAGCAGCCACCGCUACCAGUUCAGAAAGCAGAACCAGCUCCGAUAAGUCAACCGGUCUCGAAUCAGGGAGCAGUAAAGAAGAAAACCAAAUUUGUCAGUCUCUAUGACCAGGAAGGACGAACGAAUGUGGUUCUGCUGAAGGGGCGACACUUGUGCGACUGUCAGGCGUCCAAGCACAAGCUGGUCAAUAAUUGUCUCCACUGUGGUCGAAUUGUUUGCGAGCAGGAAGGUAGUGGCCCGUGCUUGUUCUGCGGUAGCUUAGUGUGUACCGACGAAGAACAACGAAUGAUUGAUAGUUCCUCGAAGAAGGGUGACAAUUUGCGGCGAACUUUGCUGGAUCAAAAUCGGCCAAAGGGUUGGGAGGAGGCAGUGGCUACCCGUAAUCGUUUGCUGGAGUACGACCGAAACAGCGAGAAACGAACGACGGUAAUCGAUGACGAGAGUGACUAUUUCAAGGCCAACUCAGUUUGGUUGUCGGAUGCCGAACGGAAGAAACUUGAGAAGCUGGAGGUUGAGAUGAGGGAAAAGAAACAUGCCAGCCGGCUGAGUCGCAAAGUGACGUUGGAUUUUGCCGGGAGGCAGAUAGUGGAGGAACCUCAGCUGACGAUGGAGGUUGAAGAUGAGAUAUUGAAGCAGAUUGCCGGGUUUGCUGGAACGGAUAAGGAAAAUAGUGGUGAAAACCUGGUAUGGAAUAAAGGAAAGGAAAGGUUAGAGCAAGGUAAUGAUAUCCAUCCAGGAAUUGUAGGGGAACCUCCGAAGUUUAUAGACUUCAGCGCAGGAUCACUACCGUCUAACCGGAAGGCAAAUUCUUCCGGUGGCUUUGAUGGAAUUUACAGUAAAGUACAGGACAAAGAAUUCCUUGAAAUGUCCGACCUGCGACAUUGCAUUUCGAUGCAUCAGCCAUGGGCAUCGUUGCUGGUGGCAGGUAUAAAGAAACAUGAGGGACGCACCUGGUACUCGGCCCAUCGGGGUCGGCUCUGGAUUGCUUCCACUGUGAAACCGGUGGAUAUGGAACUUGUCCGACAGAUGGAGCAGUUCUAUCGGGUACUGUACAAUGACGAAAACAUUGAAUUCCCUUCUCAGUACCCGUCUGGUUGCCUGUUGGGUUGCGUAUCGGUUCAGGAUGUUUUGCCCCAGGAAGAGUACCGUAAGCAAUACCCCAACGGUGAGUCGGACAGCCCGUUUGUGUUUGUUUGCAGCGACCCGCAGGAGCUACCGAUUCGGUUCCCGGUCAAAGGGCAGCAUAAAAUUUAUAAUCUUGAUUCGAAAGUACACCAAGCUGCCGUAAAAUCUCUUCAGAGACUGUCGAAACUGAAUGCCCAAGCAUAAAUGGCAGUGUUGUCUAGAAAGGAUAUUCCUUGGGGAAACUGCAGUGAUAUCUGUUGCUGAAUAUGAAUUAUCAUUGAAAAAAUUAUAAAUUAGCCUCAUCUAAACUGUAAAAUUAAAAUUAGUUAUGAAAUUUGCGUUUCGAGCUUAGUCCGACACUAUCUUAGGGUCAGGACUAAGCUAGCCCGGAUUAACGCUAGCUCCAAAAAGCAGACAUUAUUUGUGUUCCAGUGAGAUCUAAACGGGAAUCAAUCGGAUCGCAUGUAUAAUUCAGAGAUUGAACUUCAAAUACCGCAUUACAAUAUCAAAUACAAUUCACUGGAAGAAUCCACAGAAAUA